GACACGUGGCUACAUCGAGGGGGGGAAGCCCCCUGUUAGUUCAGAGCGUGUGUGGCUGCCAUCUACAAUAGCAAUGUUAUUAUUGGUUUGUUUGUUUUAAGAGUGCAAAUUUUAAAAUAUAGUACAAUAGUUCAAAUAAUUUCAUGCAUGAAAGAUUCAAUACAAUACGGCAAAUAAUAUGAAAAAAAAACAGUAACUGCCACAUCGACAUGGGAACACGUUAGCAUACACGUUGCAGGAUUUCAACGAGAAAGAAGCAGCGACGUGUUUAUUACGCUCCUGUUGGUAAAUUCUGCAUUCGGCUGAUAAAAAUCAGUCGUCAUGUUUUUUUAGCUAGCUGGUUUGCCCACAGUGGUUUAAUCCCACUAUGAGUUUCGAUUUCGAGCCGGAGGAGAGCGAUCUUUUCCGGAUAGAAGAUGCGCCGUUUGCCGAUACAUUCACCAGGGAGAACCGAUAUCGCUUCAGCGGGCAGGAGUUGAAAAUAACCCAGACGUUCAGCGCUAACCUCGGCGUCGCCGCUCCAGUGUGGGAAGCUGCUGUCAGUCUGUGCCAGUAUUUCGAGGAGAGGAAGUUUGAUUUUACUGGGAAGCGGGUGCUUGAACUCGGGGCUGGAACUGGCAUAGUUGGGAUCAUGGUGGCACUUCUGGGGGGGGACGUGACCAUCACAGAUCUCCCCCACGCUCUGAAACAGAUCCAGCUCAAUGUCUCUUCCAACAUGCCGGCUGACUGCCUAAACUUCCCCAGGGUCAAAGCCCUUGCUUGGGGGAAAGAUCAUCACGACUUCCCCUCGGAUUACGACCUGGUCCUGGGAGCAGACAUCGUGUACCUGCAGGACACCUACCCGGCGCUCCUGCGCACCCUGGAGCACCUUUGCGGGGAGGGGACCGUCGUCUACCUCUCCUCCAAAAUGCGACAGGAGCACGGGGCGGUGACCUUCUACGAAGAGCAGCUGCCGCGCUACCUGGACGCAAGGCUCGUGCACAGAGACGACUGCGAAGACAUCAGCAUCUUUCGAGGCACGAAGAAAACGCACGCUUCUUUCAGGGAGGCGAAGGAAAGAUAAACUUGCGCUAGCUCUAGCCAACCCCUGCUGUCUCCUGGUCAGCCACUUCCUGCGCUGUAGGUCACAAGGGCUGAUUGCAUCUUGGAAAAGCUUUGACCUAAAGAUCACAUUCCGUUUUGUAAAUGUAAUUCCCCUGACGCUGUGGGGAAUAUAUGUGUGUGUGUGUGUUAGGGGUGUGUUCAUGCUCAGAAUUGCCUUUAAGUGUUGAUUUUCAAAACAGGAAAAGCCGUCCUUCCCUCUUGUUUACAUCUCUCCAUACCACACUGAGGCUGAGAACAAACAGUACCCAUUGUAAAUGGGAGGGAAGGACAGGCAUUUCAUCAUGUCUGCACACCCCACUCUAUAUAGGAUGGGGUUUAUAAUGUUAGGCACUAUCAGCUGUGCAUUGACGCAGUGCCUUCAUAUUUGCUGGAGGCACAGUAAGGGUGAACAUUUCUAUUUUGUCUCAAUCUCUGUAGAUGUUGUUGAGGUGACCGCGCUGAUUGUAAGCGCAUCAGCCAUCUCAAGAGGGACCAGCCCGGCACAGUUUCUAAACCGUUUCUUUAUCACAACGUGUCUCGUUUAGAAGACCAUCUGUGCAUUGACGGUGCGUCACACUUAACCAAAUCAUAAUAUUUCAAGCAAACGGUAAUUGUAUAUAGUACACUGCAAGUGCCAGGGUUUUAAAAAGUGCCUCUUUUAUUCAGAGCCCGAAUCUAAUUUUUUAACUGUUUUGCUUAAUCUGUAUUUGGAAUAAAACUCUUUUGUUUUUA